UGCUCAUACAGCGGACAAAAAUUUUUUAAACUAUAUAAUGGAUUAAUAUUUUAGCUUUUGUAUUGAAAUGUUAUAUGACAUUCUUUAAACCACAUGGCAGACCAAGAUACUGCAGAUUAUUAUGCACUUUGUGCGAAUGAUAAAGAUAAGAUAGAAGGUCUAAAUGAGAGGCUGAUGGAAAGUAGCAUAUCUCAAUCAUCGUGUGACCUAAAUAGUAAUAAUAAUAGCAUUACAGUUGAAAAAGCAGCAUCUGUUUCCCCACUGUUAAGUCACUAUAAAUAUCAUUGUUUCUCACGUCAUGAUAGUCCAGUCAAUUUUUCAUCUUUACCAACAUAUCUUCCACCCAUUGGUGUAUUCUGGGACAUAGAAAAUUGCCAUGUUCCAAAAGGAAGGUCUGCCAUGGCUGCAACACAAGCAAUUAGAGAUAAAUUUUUUAGUGGUUAUAGGGAAGCAGAAUUUAUUGUAGUAUGUGAUGUUGUAAGAGAAAAUAGUAGAGUAAUGAAAGAAUUAAAUAAUGCUCAAGUUAAUUUAAUACAUGUUGCUAGAGAAUGUAAAAAUGCUGCUGAUGAAAAACUUAAACAAUCCAUUAGGAGGUUUGCUGAUAUCCAUGGAAGUCCAGCAGCUGUAAUUUUAAUAUCUGGUGAUAUUAAUUUUGCCCCUGACCUCAGUGACUUACGUUACAGGAAAAAAAUUCAUGUGAUACUUUUACAUAUGAAGAAUACAUCUGAAGCAUUAAUACUAUGUGCUAAUGAGCACUAUGAUUUCUCAGAACUUAUGGAUUCACUGCCAUCUACAAAUCUACAGGUUACUGCAUAUUAUGAUCUCCUAGUUAGUAACCUUCCUGAAGAUCAAGAUAUUAUAUCCAUUAAGUAUUGUCUUAAACAAAUGUUUGAAAGCUGUGGUGGUCAAGUGAUGGAAAUUCAGCCAAAUACUGCAAUUGUACGCUUUACUUCAAAACCUUUUGCAGACAGAGCUCAGAAGCGUAUGGAUGGAAAGAUUUUUCUUGGUUCAAAAAUUUCUGUAAAAUUUCAAAAAGAAACAGAAAACAUCUUUCAAAAAGUUCGAGGAAAUUCUAUAAAUAGAAACGGUACUGUAAGUGAAUCCGAAAUUGUUACUAGUUCUCCAAGGCAAAUGUACAGUGCAGGUGCUUCUUUAGCGGGUGGGAGAACCCUUCACAUUCCACAUUACCAAUCAUCAUCACCAGUUAUUAGAGCAUAUUCUGGAUGGAAUACUCAUUGUACUUCUGCUUCAGCACCAGUAGGAAUGGUUCAACUGCCAUCUCUUUUCGUCGGGAGACCAUAUUCAAAUAAUAAUAAUAACGUAGCUUUUAAUAGAACUUAUAAUGAACUUGCAAGGGCCCAAUCGCCGCUAUUUUGGCAAGUCCCUGGUUCCCAGCAAUUUGGUCAUUUAUGGGAAGAACAGUACAAAGUGGAGAAAACGAAAGUACUUAGUAGAAGAAUUCAUAUUCCGCAGGUUCGGGAUAACGGAGUUGUAAAUAAUAUAGCUUCUCGAAGUUCUGAAAGUUUAAGACGUCUUAGAGGAACACACACUUAUGUUCAACCUCCAAAAUGGACUGCCUCAAGACAGCAACAUCCUCCAUUGAAUGUUUCUACAAGCUUGAAUGGAACUGCACAUUCUCAAUCGAAUUUUAAACGUCGAAGUCCGUCUCCCAUGUAUGAUUUGCAAUCACGAGAACGAAAUCAGUGGAAUGGACAGCAAAAUGUAUCUGUACGUAGUACUAGAACACCAUCGCCUUAUGAAAAUACAGUACAAACAAUAAACCAACAAAAUAACCAUACUUCACCUUAUCAUCCAAGUGAUACAGAGAACGAAGAAGUUGAGAAAUUUUUCAAUCCAAUAAAUAAUCAUAAUGGAAUAUCAACGAAUAAUGAAACAUGCACCCCUAUUGAACUGCAAGUAACUAACUUAGACCAAAGUAUUAAUCCAAAAAAAAUGAGACAUAUGCUUGUCUCUAUUUUUAUGGAACAUGUGAUGGUAUUAAAUGUCUCUAUUUUUAUACAAUCAGAUGGUAGCUUUGCAGCAAGUGUUAAAGUACCUUCCUUAUCAGAUGCACAAUACGCAAUUUCUCAGUUACAUCGUCGUAAAGUAGGAUAUAAACGUAUUUUAAUAUCAUACGCUCAUAGUGGUAGAGCAAGUCCUCAGGUUGUACGAGCGCAAAUCGUGAUGCUACUCCAAGAAGUACCUGGUCACAAACUUGCUCUUUUUAAGUUUCGAGAAAUGUACGAGAGUCGUUUUAUGAUUUCCAUCAGUGUUUCCGAGUUGUACAAAAUGAAAGAUGUUUGUAUUGUUACGGAAGAUCCUGGUGGUAGAAUGGUUUCUCUUAAUCCAGAUCACAGGAAUACUCCAUCACCAUGUUUUAGUAAUACAACUCAGGAAGAACAAGUAGAGUUACCAUAUUGUACUAUUCAUACGUUGAAACCAUGGUCUGAUAAAGGAUGGGCUGAACAGAAAGUAGCAUCACUUCCUAAUGUAAAAAUUUCUUUAAAAAUUCUCGAUCCACGUAUAUAUCAAUUACUAACUACACAUAAUGGAAGUUUACCAUUACCUAGUUUGCCAAAUUGUUAUGAGGCUGAAUUUAAAGAAAAAUUACAAGUAGUUGAAAAUGGAGUACCCUUAGAACACCUAGUAUCUUGCUUAUCUUGUGUUGAGUUGAAGCAAGGUAUUGGUAGUAUAAAGUAUCUUAUUUGGGCAGGAAAUAAAACACACGAAAAUAAUUAUGAAGAGAAUAAAUGUGUGAGUUCUCCACUUGCAAAUCAAUUAGCACUUUUCAGUCGUGAGUUAGUUGAUCUUCUGAAAACUGCUCCACACUGCCAGUUACCAUUUAACCGGCUUAUACCCGCAUAUCACCAUCAUUUUGGAAGGCAAUGUAGGGUCGCCAAUUAUGGAUUCACCAAACUAAUUGAUUUGUUAGAAGCGCUUACUCAUACCGUACAAGUUAUGGGUGAAGGAAACAGUCGUGUAGUUACAUUAUCUCAUCGUGCUCAAGUACGUCGGUUCACAUCUGACCUAUUAAGAGUCUUAAAGUCCAAAGCUAGCAAACAAGUAGCACUAUCAGAAUUUCCAAGUGUGUAUGCUAGAGUAAUAGCUAAACCAUGGGAUAUCGUAGAUUAUGGAGUAUGUGAAAUUGAGGAUAUCCUCAGUGAAGUAUCAGAAAAUACUGUUGUCGUCACUAUGAUUAGCGGCGGGGAUAAAAUGAUAGCUAUUCCUAAACGAGAACAAACUGCGGAAGAGAUAGAACGAACAAAACAAUUUGCUGUAGAGGUUAUCGAAUUAUUACGACAUGCACCUCAAUGUAAAAUGCAGUUUAAUAAGUUUGUGCCAUCAUAUCAUCAUCAUUUCGGUCAUCAGUGCCGACUAUCAGAUUACGGUUUUACGAAAUUAAUCGAACUAUUCGAAGCUAUACCAGAUAUAGUUAAAAUAGAAGACGAUAGUUUUGGAGAAAGACAAAUUUCUUUAACAGAGAAGGAAGGUCUUCGUAUACUUUCUGAACAAAUAUCCAAAUUAAUUACUCGGUCGAGAGGUUGUCUUAGUGUUUCAAACAUUGCACAAAAUUUUUUACAUCAAUUUGGUUAUGCGAUAAAACCAGAAUUAUUUGGUUGCACUUCUAUAUGGCAACUUAUGCAAAAACUUGGAGAUACAGUAAAAAUUGUAUAUAUAGCAAACAAACCUGUAGUUAUGAUGAUAGAUAAAUCCCAUUUACAACAAUUAACUCUAGAAUGUCGUCGAUUGUUGAUGGAUAAAACCCAACAUAGAAUGCUAGUUAAAGAAUUUCAACAAUUAUAUGCUCAAUAUUAUUUAAAACCAUGCAAUAUAAAUGAACUAAAACAAAAUUUAUCUAAUGUAGUACAAUUUACAACAGUGAAUGAUGAGCAGUUCAUAGAACUUACUUCGUUACAUUGUUUCGCUUGUAAUUUAUAUUGUGUAAUGAUGAAUUAUGGUGGAGUAUUAAAACUUUCGCAGUUCGAGGAAGCGUAUUUAUCUACUAUAGGUUCUGUUUGUAAUUCUGAAGAUUAUGGAUUUCCAACAAUUUUUACACUUUUACAAGCAUUACCUUGUACAGUAACAAUAAAAUUAUCACGACGAAAGAAACAUAUCAUAUGCUUAAAUAAAAAGAUAACUGUUGUCGGUAUGGCAUUACCAUUGACGCACGCAUCAGCAUCAUCAUAUCGUGAUACAGAUUCUAGUAAUGAAUCGUGUGAAAGCGAUUCAUCCUCUCAUAUCAAUGUUUCGAACAAUUCAACUACACUAGAAUUUGCAAAGUGGACAGAACAAACUGUUGAAAGUCAAAAUUCUUGGAAACAGACUGAUAAAAACAACCUAUGGUUGAAAGAGUCUUGUAAAUCUUGGAAAACAUCGAGUUCGGAAGAUCACUUGGUUAAUUGGUCGUUACAAGAAAAUGGAAGUGAAAGUUUUCUCAAAAGUUUAAUGCAAACACCAAUCAUACCACAUAAUUUUCCACUGGCACCUCCUAAACCAGAUUCUCCAUCUGAGGAAGAUUUAGAUAAAAAUCAAUGGGAAUCAUCAGUCUGGAUGACACCUCCAAAAUUUACAUAUCCACAAGAUGAACAUACUACUAAUGUACAGGUACCUCCAUUAACGUUACCUCCUUCCUGGAAUCAAAUUACAUCCGGUGAUAAUAACUUAUUAUCACCAACAAAAAAUUUAUUAACUGCUGCAGCAAAUCCUUUAAAUCCACGUACUUCACCUUUCUUUUCUUCCAAACGUAACUUUGUUGUUGCUCCUCAUCCUUCUGAAUUACCACUUCCUUCAUUAUCCUUAACUCCCAAAAAGAAGGUGCCUUUGGAAAAUAUACUUGGCGAAAGUUUUACAGACAAGCAAGACAAGAUUAUCAAUAAUUCCAUGGAAGACAUGAAUUUUAAAAAUAACAAAAAUGAUAACAAUAACAUGGAAAGCAAUGGUAAUAAAGAAAAACACAGUACUCCGAUAAAACAAUUAUUUACAAGCAAAAGUCGGUUAACUGCUCAAUGUAAUCGACUUAUUGAGUCAUGAUUCAGUACAAGAACUAAAAAUGUAUUUUUAUAUACCAUGGAAGCAAAAAAGCUGAUAUUUAAACACAUUUUAUAGUCAUACAGUGUGUUAAAAGGAUUGAUAAAAAAAAGGAAUAUAAUAGCAUCUCGGUAGGCUGUCACACAGUGGGUUCAAAUAGCUAUACG